AAUGGCAGGCGACGCGAUGUCUCAUCUGAAUCCUGAACCCUGAACCGAGAACCCGCUUCCCUUGGUAUGGUUCUUCACGUCACUCGAGUGGGGAAAUUUUUUCUGCUGUCUGUACAGUACUCCUCUGCUUCGCUGAAUCAGCCAACCUGGACUAGAGCCAGAGAGAGUAGGCAGCCAGGUAGCAAAACCGCAAGCGAGCAAUCCAGGAAAAGCCGCCCGCCUACCCGCGCACGCACCUCGUCGAUGAUCUGCUCCGCUGUUUGCCGUGGUUCCGGCCGUAUAACGGGACUGGGUCACACGUGUGCAGCCUAUGCGGUUCGCCUUUUCACUUGGCGAAUGUGCACACCCAUGAGGCCUUCAGUUGUAUCAAGCGCAAGCACUUGCUGGGCCCUCUUUUCGAGUCGGCGAAGUAUGACUCUCUGCGGACGGACGUGGUCGAGAUUGGAGCUGGUGCCUUGCGGUCUGCCGCCAACGGUCUGA